GUGGAUCGAAUAGGUAACACUGUUCUGGGAAAGUUUCAACAAUUUCGAUGAUUUAUUUAUACACAACUUACGCUAAAAGAUCAGUACAUAAAUGUUGUAAUCUUCUAGAAUCUUAAAUUUAAGUAAAAUUUGUCAGUUUUAUUUGAAAAAACUGAAAAAUAUGUCUUCAAAAUCUUCGAAACACCGGCGGCAGGAUCGGCAACGAGAUUUGUCCGAACCUGAGAGCGAAAGUGACGGCGACAGCAGAGGGGCAAAACGCCACCACCAUCACCGGCGAGACAAGCACGAAAGACGGGACCGCCAUCGCUCUAGAUCCCGCAGUCGCAGUCCAGAACAUCAUCGAACAACAAAACCGGAGAAACACAGUAGCAGGAACCACAAAGAGCGCAACCACUCCAGAGAAGACAUUCAUAAACCACUCAAGCACCGGGACCAAGGAAACGGGGACAAGAGAAGAGAAAGACACCAAGAGGAGAAAAUCAAGGAGGACAAAGAUGAACACAGGGAAAAACAUCGAAGGAGGGAUGGGGACCACGAGUCUGGAAGGAGCAACAAGAGUAAGAAUGGUAACCACAAGGAUAAGGAGGAACUUCCACCAUUGAGAGGAAAAUGGGACAACGAUCCAGGAGCUGAGUCUGACGACACUCAGGAAAGAGCUUCACGAACCAAUCAUGGGGCCGCUCAGCAAACCAGCCAGAUUAGAAUCAAACAAGAGAGUGAUUUGAACGAUGCGCGUCGGACACAAGAUGCCAAGCGCAAACCGCAAAAUCCGUUUGAGUCACAAUCUAUUGCAGCCGGCCCGGAGGCAGAAGAUGAGAGUGGUCCUCCACCAGAAAAGGAAAAACCCAACUUUGGCGUAUCUGGGAAGUUGACAGAAGACUCUAACACGUAUCGCGGUGUCGUCAUUAAGUACAAUGAGCCGCCUGAAGCCAGAAAACCAAAACGUAAAUGGCGAUUCUACGUCUUCAAAGGAGACGAAGAGCUCCCUGUUGUACACAUUCACCGCCAGAGUGCCUAUCUGCUUGGACGAGAACGCCUUAUUGCUGACUUGCCCAUUGAUCAUCCUUCAUGCUCCAAACAGCAUGCCGUACUCCAAUACCGGCUCGUGGAAUUUCAGCGUCCAGAUGGAACAAUGGGCAAGAGAGUCCGACCGUACAUCAUUGACCUGGAAUCGUCAAACGGCACUUACAUCAACAACAACAGGAUAGAAGGAAAACGAUAUUAUGAACUGAAAGAGAAAGACGUCGUCAAGUUUGGAUACAGUACCAGGGAGUAUGUGCUUCUGCAUGACAAAUCCAAAGACAGUGAAUUGGAUGAGGAACAAGCUGAAUGAAUAGCAAAGUUCUCAUGAAUGAAUGAACCUUGACCCCAAUAGGGUGUUAGUCAUGACACCUAAUCUUCACCUCAGCUUUUACAUCCAGAAGUGGACUUCGCUGAGCACCAGCGUACUAGUAGAUGUAGUCUUUUGACUCCACAUGGGCUAUAAAAC